AGAGAGAGGGAGAGGCAGCAGAUCUGGUCUCCGGGUUACACUGCACAGCACGCAGCUUACUGGGAGGAUGCUGGGCUCCACGCUGACUCUGCUAUUAGUUAUACAUACAGGUACCAUUUGUGGCACGGAACCCGUCAUACAGAUAACAGGAGUACGAGGGAGUUCUAUACGUCUAUCACCAGAACUUCCACCAGGAUUUAUCACUAGGGAUAUAUUCUGGAGGCAUUUGUCGCCCACAGACCACCUGGUGGCUUCCUUCUCUCGGGGGUCCUCAGACACCACAUAUCAGUCUUGUUUCCACGGAAGGGUCCAGCUUCUCCAUAACUUCACACUGGAGAUCCAGGAGCUGGACCUGAGGGACACUGGGAUGUUCACCUGCCAGAUGGUGGACACGGAAGGACACAUGAAGCUUCAACAGUUCCACCUUGCAGUGCAUGAAGAGGUGGCCAAGCCGGAGGUCCAAGUGUUUAUAUCGAGAGGAAGCACAGACUGCACCGUGUUUCUAAGCUGUAACACAACAGCGGGGACCAAUGUGACCUACAGCUGGAUGAUAGACAGCGGAUCGAGGAUCAGGAAUACAACCUACAGCCUGUUUGAUGACAACCGAUUGCUUAGGUUUCUCAUGGCCCCCACUGAUCGGGAGGUGUCCUUCACUUGCACAGUAACCAAUCCGGUCAGCCAGGAGCAGACAACCGUGGUGUCUUGGGACAGCUGCUCAUUUCAUCCAGGUGCAGACGUGUACAGCAGUAAGAUGAUUCUAUGUAUUGGGGUUAUUCUCACAGUCUCAUUUAUUUCCAUGGCGUUCGGUGUCUGUCUCUGCACCAGAAACUCAGGUAAGUACAGAGUAAGGGAGAGACAGAGGGUCAAGGAGACGCCAGCGCAGCAGGAUGAAGAGACAGUGUUGCAGGCUAAUGAAGAGACAGCAGCACAACAGACCGACAUGUCGCUACAGCAUGAUGUAGAGACAGAAGUAUAACACCAUCACAACAUGACACAGACAGCGGUAUAGCAGGCGGACCCCGGAGCACACACAGAAGAAACGUAUAUAUAUAUAUAUCUGGUGGAAGACAGGCCGUUAUCAUAGGCUGGAGUGAGAUGCUGUAUUCAGACACAAUGGGUCAAACACAGUGCACUUAGAAGCCAUGGGGACAGACUAUGACCAAAGGAAACCAUUGGCUUUCAGGGAUUCACAAGCAGCAGAGAAGUGCUGACCCCCUGCUGGUGGACCUUAAAACAGCAAGUAUAGAUCAGUAAACCGCAACUUACCACUGCGAUGAUGCAAGCCGAAACAUGGCCGCAGCAGAAGUAAACAUUGCAUUGGUGCAACACGGUCCUCAUCAUAGUUACUGUCAUGAACUAGAGUAUGACUCUUCCGAGGAACACGGAGCCGGCUGCCAAACAAAUGUGAUGAAAUGACAAUGCAGCUGACGCAGAGGGAUCAGUACGCCAGUAAAUACAAAUAUGCUACUGGCUGAUGCGGAGCCGGAUGCCCCACGGGGUGUGUACAGCUCAGGACAUCAGCAGCAGAAAGACGCUAUUUUUACGUCCUGGUUUUCCCUCUAGGAGUAAUUUGCAGCAGUUAUUUAUUUUUAGCUAAAUAAUUAUUAAACUAUUUUUAGAAACUUUUUAAAA